UGCUACCGAAGCGCGGCCUAAGUAAUAACUCGGCUCCCUCUCUCUUCGUUCUCAACCACCACCAUACCUCCAACCAUGGCUCGCCUCGGAUUCUUCGUACUUGUACUCUCUGCGAUUGCGUCUCUCAGUAGCGCAGUUCCCGCGGAGCAACAAGAGGCUUUGGUCGCACCCGGCGACUGGAGCUGGAACGACUGCGGUGGUCCUUCUCAUUUGAUUCGCAUUGAUGACAUUGUGAUCACGCCUGACCCGCCACAGAAGGGUCAGGAUAUGACGGUGACGGUGAAGGGGACGGCCAAGGAGCAGAUCGAGGACGGUGCAUACGUCGAUGUUGUAGUGAAGGUGGGGGCGAUCAAGAUCCUGCAGAAGGAAUUCGAUGUAUGCGAGGAGGCGCGGAACGCGAACGCCAGCAUCCAGUGCCCGGUGCAGGAGGGCAAGCACGAGGUCACUCAGACGGUAGAGCUGCCAAAAGAGAUUCCUCCUGCUCCCUUCACGGUCUCUAUCCGUGGCUACACUGUGGAUGACGAGGACUUGACCUGUGUCGACAUCAAGAUUGACUUCCGUCCCAAGCGCGGCCUGUUGGGCUUGAGCUGGUAGACGUUAGUGGCGUUCUUUGUCCGGCUUGCACCUGUGUAGUGACGUAAGGAGUACGACUGUUACGUUCUGAUUACCCUGCUUUCGGCGUGUAUAUCCUCAAUCUGCAUAUCAUUUGUCGUUGAAUGAACCACGAGUGCAUUUUU